CUUUUCUAACCUAGAAAAAGUUGUAACCGCAUUACAUUUGUAAUAUACGUUUAUAUAAAAUAAAAAAAAUGUUCGUUACAAAAUUGGUGAAUAAUUUGAAACCCGCAAAUGUGGCUCACAUUCAAAAAACCCUCCAACUCAACCACUGCAUUAGGUCAACAUUAAAUGUACAAAACGUAAGACUGCUUUACAGCCAUGCUUCUUUGGGCUUGGAUGGCUUCUUGCAGGCAAGUCAAACAACGCAGAGACAACUGGAAAAUAUGGGAGACAAAUUCAAGGAAAAAAUGUCUGAUUUCAUAGAGAAAGAUAACAAUGCUAUGGUAUUCACGGAGGAUUUAAAAAACAUGAUUUACAUAUCGCAGAACGACAAUGAUAUUGAUUUAGUCGUUAAAAUGAUUAAAAAGUUUAACCAGCAAAACAAAGAGUUACGAUUCGGGAGUUUCAUAUUCGGUCCGGUUGUAAUGCGUUUAUUCCAUCACCACAACAAAGCGGACUUAGCUUUAGAGUGUUUCAAAUCUCCGGAAUUGGAUGGCUUUUUCGAUCAAAUUAUCUCCUACCAAUUACUGUUAGAUCUGCUGUACGAAAACGAAAAGUACAAUGAAGUAUUGGAGUGUUUCCAAUUCAUAAAAGAGAAGCAAUUAGAAGGUGUCAGGUAUCCCAAAAAUGUUGUAGUCCUGACUAUGGCUGCUUGUUACAAACUAAACAACAAGGAAAGCCUGGAUUACGCGCUAAAAUUCUGGCAAGAGUUACACGAUGUCGGUCAUAUUCCGAUGAGACGAGCAAUUACAUUUUGUGCCGCUCUGGCUUACAAUCAAGGCAAUCCGAGUGUUGCCCUGGAGAUUCUGAGUUCCUCAAGAAAUCAGAGUUAUACUACUGUAAGGAACUUGAAGAUUGCCUCGUUGGUGGACAUAGGCAGAAUAGAAAACGUAAUUCCCAUUAUGAAGAGCGUUUUCGCUGAAGACCUGCCUGAAGGGCAAGUUCAUACUUUUAACAGGGAGGUUAUAGACAAGGUUAAGAAGGGAGUGGCAGAGCUGGACAUGGCAACUGUCACUGAGGAGUUCGAUAGAAUUGAGCGGAUGCUUGAAAAAAAUGGUCAAAUUGUGGAUGCGAGUAUUAACGAUCAGCUCUGUCAAGAAAUUAAAGGCGGCAUGGUGAAUAAAAAGCAUUUCGUUCCAAGGUAUGAUAAAUUUGAGCCAAGACCGAACCGUAAUUUUAGGCCCAGGAGAUUUAAUAACAAUCAAAGACCUGGUUUAGAUGAAUUAGUCUAAAAUAUUUAAGCUGACAUUUGUAUUUUUAUUAAUUUCAUUAAAAAUAAAUAGUUAAAGGUA